UGAAAAUGGAGGAGAAAUUGCAGGUGUGGGUGAUGUUGGCCAUGGCUUUAUCCCUGCUCUCUGCUGCAUCGGCCAAGCCGGGCCUUGCGGAUUACCACUCACUGCCUUAUUAUCCUGCGGCUUGUGCAGGGUUCAAUUUUAGCAACAGCGGAUCGAUGAUCACGGGAGUGGGGGCCGAAUUGUGGGACAACGGGAGGGCCUGUGGACGGAUGCUGAGGGUCAGAUGCACCUGCUCUGCUAACGGCUUUCCGAAACCUUGCAAAGAAGGCGUCAUCACGGUCAAGGUCGUGGACUACUGCCAGCAACCGUGCGAGAUCAACCUCUCCGAGGAUGCUUUCUCCUGUAUCGCCAACAUUGACGCCGGCAAAGUCUGGGUGGACUACUCCUAGGAAGGAA